AUGGCCUUGAAUUCCUCCUCUGCAGCGGCGCACCCGUACUACCCCCUCGGCGUGGAGAUUGUGGGGUACAUGGCCAACGAAUGGAACACGCUCGAACUGGUCAGCAUGUUUGCAGCGGGGUGCGCCGUCAUCUUCAGCAUCACGUACGCCAUUCUGAUGAAGCUGCGCCCGAAUGCCAGCAACUCGGACGUGUCCAUCAUGAUGUGGUUCGUGCUGUGCGGCUGCAUCCACUCGUUCUUCGAGGGCUACUUUGCCUACAACUUCAGGCGCAUGGGCGGCAUGCAGGAUCUGUUUGGCCAGCUGUGGAAGGAGUACGCGCUGAGCGACUCGCGCUACCUGACCCAGGACGCCUUCGUCCUGUGCAUGGAGACGAUCACCGCGGCCUUCUGGGGACCCCUCUCCUUCGUCACCGCCUACCUGAUCGCUGUCGACCACCCGCUCCGCUACUCUCUCCAGCUGAUUGUCUCGCUCGGCCAGUUCUACGGCGACAUCCUGUACUACGCCACCUCCCUGUUCGACCACUACAUCCUCGACGUCGCCUACACUCGCCCGGAGGCAGCCUACUACUGGGGCUACUUCGUCCUCAUGAACUUCUUCUGGAUCGUCAUCCCUGGCUACCUCAUGUACCAGAGCGUCGACGCGACCGUUCGUGCGUUCCGCGCUGUCAACGACGCUUCCAGGCUGCUGCAGAAGGCCGAGCAGAUGGGCUACUACAAGAAGAAGGCUUAG